AUGGACAGGUGUAAGCACGUGGGGCGGCUCAGGCUGGCCCCAGACCACUCCAUCCUCAACCCCCAGAAGUGGCACUGCGUGGACUGCAACACCACAGAGUCGGUGUGGGCCUGCCUGGGCUGCGCCCACGUUGCGUGCGGCCGCUACAUCGAGGAGCACGCCCUGCAGCACUUUCUGCAGCAUCGCCACCCGCUGGCCAUGGAGGUCAAUGAGCUCUAUGUCUUCUGCUACCUGUGUGACGACUACGUGCUCAACGACAACGCGACGGGAGACCUCAAGCUGCUGCGCUCCACGCUCAGCGCCAUCCAGAGCCAGCGCUACGAGGUCACCACGCGUUCAGGACGAACCUUGAGAUUAGCUAGCGCCCCGCCCGACGCCCCCCAGCCCUGUGGCUCCAGCGAACUGCAGCUGAGGGACGAGGACCGCAUGUUCACGGCGCUCUGGCACCGCCGCCGGGCGCUGAUGGGUCGAGUGUUCCACACCUGGUUCAGCAUGACGGAAGGGGGGAAGAGGAGGGAAGAGGAGGACAGGCAGAGAGAGGAGGAGGAGGAGAGGAGGAAGGAGUUGAGGGAGAGAAGGAAGACGUUGAAGAGGCAGCUACAAGAAGAGUUGGAGAGGGCUCCACCCAGGAAGAGCCACCGCCUGAGGAGAGCCAGUCAGAGAGCUGCUGCCGCCGCUGCUGUCACCCCCCGCCCCACACGAACACGCACCCCUCACACACCCCAGACCCCCCUCACCCCCCAACCAAGGACCCAGAGCCCCGCCACUCACCCUCCCAAGAGAAUGGGCCGCCCCCCUAAAACCCCCGCGCCCAAACCCGCUCGCUACUCCACCCCCUCUUCCUCCACCAAAGGCAAAACCAGAGCCUCCUCUGCCCAAGCCCGGACAGCCCCCUCCCCGGCCCCCCGCCGUGCGCCCUCCAAACAGGGCGACUCACCCCUCAAACGGCGGCCCACGGUCACCCCGGGCGUCACUGGCCUGCGUAACCUAGGCAACACGUGCUACAUGAACUCCAUCCUGCAGGUGCUGAGCCACCUUCACAUCUUCAGGGAGUGUUUCCUCCAGCUGGACCUGACACAGGCCCUGGAGCUGCUGGCCUCGGCUGUCCACGGCCAGCUGGUGGUUCCCAGCCCCGGGGGCCCAGUGUCGUCCUCCCCACUGGCCCUAAGGAGAGGCCCCCUGGCUGGCGCUGGGCUAAGCGGGGGGGCCUCCAGGGCCCGAAGCAUGGAGCUGAUCCAGCCCAAGGAGCCCAGCUCUAAGCACAUCUCCCUGUGCCACGAGCUGCACACCCUCUUCCAGGUGAUGUGGUCGGGCAAGUGGGCGCUGGUGUCGCCCUUCGCCAUGCUGCACUCGGUGUGGCAGCUGAUCCCAGCCUUCCGGGGAUACGCCCAGCAGGAUGCCCAGGAGUUCCUGUGUGAACUGCUGGACAAGGUGCAGCAUGAGCUGGAGAGCACGGGGACACACACACCGCCCGCUGGUGUGUCAACCGGACAGAGACAUCUCAUCAAGCAGGUGCUCAGCGUGGUCAACACCAUCUUCCAUGGACAGCUCCUCAGCCAGGUGAGAAAGAGAGGAACACACUCUCACAAACACACUGAUACACAGUACACACUUUUAUACUGAUAUACACACACACUUUUGUGAUUCACCAGUCUGGACAUGGAUUAAAAUGGAUUGAAAAAGGGAUUAAAAGGCCUUUACAUUUAUUAGUAGUGAUCUUACUGGAGGUAUUUGGAUGGGAGCUUUUACUGCAUGAUGUGUGUGCAUGACUGUUACCACAUUUUUGUCUUGAUAGUAAUAUAUAUUUAAAAAAAAAUAUAUAUAUAUAUAUAUAUACACUGCUCAAAGAAAUAAAGGGAACACUUAAACAACACAAUGUAACUCCAAGUCAAUCACACUUCUGUGAAAUCAAACUGUAAACUUAGGAAGCAACACUGAUUGACAAUACAUUUCACAUGCUGUUGUGCAAAUGGAAUAGACAACAGGUGGAAAUUAUAGGCAAUUAGCAAGACACCCCAAAUAAAGGACUGGUUUUACAGGUGGUGACCACAGACCACUUCUCAGUUCCUAUGCUUCCUGGCUGAUGUUUUGGUCACUUUUGAAUGCUGGCGGUGCUUUCACUCUAGUGGUAGCAUGAGACGGAGUCUACAACCCACACAAGUGGCUCAGGUAGUGCAGCUCAUCCAGGAUGGCACAUCAAUGCGAGCUGUGGCAAGAAGGUUUGCUGUGUCUGUCAGCGUAGUGUCCAGAGCAUGGAGGUGCUACCAGGAGACAGGCCAGUACAUCAGGAGACGUGGAGGAGGCUGUAGGAGGGCAACAACCCAGCAGCAGGACUGCUACCUCCGCCUUUGUGCAAGGAGGAGCACUGCCAGAGCCCUGCAAAAUGACCUCCAGCAGGCCACAAAUGUGCAUGUGUCUGCUCAAACGGCUUACAGCCCAACACCGUGCAGGACGUUUGGCAUUUGCCAGAGAACACUAAGAUUGGCAAAUUCGCCACUGGCGCCCUGUGCUCUUCACAGAUGAAAGCAGGUUCACACUGAGCACGUGACAGACGUGACAGAGUCUGGAGACGCUGUGGAGAACGUUCUGCUGCCUGCAACAUCCUCCAGCAUGACCGGUUUGGCGGUGGGUCAGUCAUGGUGUGGGGUGGCAUUUCUUUGGGGGGCCGCACAGCCCUCCAUGUGCUCGCCAGAGGUAGCCUGACUGCCAUUAGGUACCGAGAUGAGAUCCUCAGACCCCUUGUGAGACCAUAUGCUGGUGCGGUUGGCCCUCGGUUCCUCCUAAUGCAAGACAAUGCUAGACCUCAUGUGGCUGGAGUGUGUCAACAGUUCCUGCAAGAGGAAGGCAUUGAUGCUAUGGACUGGCCCGCCCGUUCCCCAGACCUGAAUCCAAUUGAGCACAUCUGGGACAUCAUGUCUCGCUCCAUCCACAGACUGUCCAGGAGUUGGCGGAUGCUUUAGUCCAGGUCUGGGAGGAGAUCCCUCAGGAGACCAUCCGCCACCUCAUCAGGAGCAUGCCCAGGCGUUGUAGGGAGGUCAUACAGGCACGUGGAGGCCACACACACUACUGAGCCUCAUUUUGACUUGUUUUAAGGACAUUACAUAAAAGUUGGAUCAGCCUGUAGUGUGGUUUUCCACUUUAAUUUUGAGGGUGACUCCAAAUCCAGACCUCCAUGGGUUGAUAAAUUUGAUGUCCAUUGAUAAUUUUUGUGUGAUUUUGUUGUCAGCACAUUCAACUAUGUAAAGGAAAAAAGUAUUUAAUAAGAUUAUUUCAUUCAUUCAGAUCUAGGAUGUGUUAUUUUAGUGUUCCCUUUAUUUUUUUGAGCAGUGUGUGUGUAUAUAUACAGUGGGGAAAAAAAGUAUUUAGUCAGCCACCAAUUGUGCAAGUUCUCCCAUUUAAAAAGAUGAGAGAGGCCUGUAAUUUUCAUCAUAGGUACACGUCAACUAUGACAGACAAAUUGAGAAAAAAAAAUCCUAAAAAUCACAUUGUAGGAUUUUUAAUGAAUUUAUUUGCAAAUUAUGGUGGAAAAUGAGUAUUUGGUCACCUACGAACAAGCAAGAUUUCUGGCUCUCACAGACCUGUAACUUCUUCUUUAAGAGGCUCCUCUGUCCUCCACUCGUUACCUGUAUUAAUGGCACCUGUUUGAACUUGUUAUCAGUAUAAAAGACACCUGUCCACAACCUCAAACAGUCACACUCCAAACUCCACUAUGGCCAAGACCAAAGAGCUGUCAAAGGACACCAGAAACAAAAUUGUAGACCUGCACCAGGCUGGGAAGACUGAAUCUGCAAUAGGUAAGCAGCUUGGUUUGAAGAAAUCAACUGUGGGAGCAAUUAUUAGGAAAUGGAAGACAUACAAGACCACUGAUAAUCUCCCUCGAUCUGGGGCUCCACGCAAGAUCUCACCCCGUGGGGUCAAAAUGAUCACAAGAACAGUGAGCAAAAAUCCCAGAACCACACAGGGGGACCUAGUGAAUGACCUACAGAGAGCUGGGACCAAAGUAACAAAGCCUACCAUCAGUAACACACUACGCCGCCAGGGACUCAAAUGCCAGACGUGUCCCCCUGCUUAAGCCAGUACAUGUCCAGGCCCGUCUGAAGUUUGCUAGAGUGCAUUUGGAUGAUCCAGAAGAGGAUUGGGAGAAUGUCAUAUGGUCAGAUGAAACCAAAAUAGAACUUUUUGGUAAAAACUCAACUCGUCGUGUUUGGAGGACAAAGAAUGCUGAGUUGCAUCCAAAGAACACCAUACCUACUGUGAAGCAUGGGGGUGGAAACAUCAUGCUUUGGGGCUGUUUUUCUGCAAAGGGACCAGGACGACUGAUCUGUGUAAAGGAAAGGAUGAAUGGGGCCAUGUAUCGUGAGAUUUUGAGUGAAAACCUCCUUCCAUCAGCAAGGGCAUUGAAGAUGAAACGUGGCUGGGUCUUUCAGCAUGACAAUGAUCCCAAACACACCGCCCGGGCAACGAAGGAGUGGCUUCGUAAGAAGCAUUUCAAGGUCCUGGAGUGGCCUAGCCAGUCUCCAGAUCUCAACCCCAUAGAAAAUCUUUGGAGGGAGUUGAAAGUCUGUGUUGCCCAGCGACAGCCCCAAAACAUCACUGCUCUAGAGGAGAUCUGCAUGGAGGAAUGGGCCAAAAUACCAGCAACAGUGUGUGAAAACCUUGUGAAGACUUACAGAAAACAUUUGACCUGUGUCAUUGUCAACAAAGGGUAUAUAACAAAGUAUUGAGAAACUUUUGUUAUUGACCAAAUACUUAUUUUCCACCAUAAUUUGCAAAUAAAUUCAUAAAAAAUCCUACAAUGUGAUUUUCUGGGAAAAAAAAUCUCAUUUUGUCUGUCAUAGUUGACGUGUACCUAUGAUGAAAAUUACAGGCCUCUCUCAUCUUUUUAAGUGGGAGAACUUGCACAAUUGGUGGCUGACUAAAUACUUUUUUCCCCCACUGUGUAUAUAUAUAUAUAUAUAUAUAUAUAUACACACACACACACACACACAGUGAGGGAAAAAGGUAUUUGAUCCCCUGCUGAUUUUGUACGUUUGCCCACUGACAAAGAAAUUAUCAGUCUAUAAUUUUAAUGGUAGGUUUAUUUGAACAGUGAGAGAUAGAAUAACAACAAAAAAAUCAAGAAAAGCGCAUUUCAAAAAUGUUAUACAUUUAUUUGCAUUUUAAUUAGGGAAAUAAGUAUUUGACCCCUCUGCAAAACAUGACUUAGUACUUGGUGGCAACACCGUUGUUGGCAAUCACAGAGGUCAGACGUUUCUUGUAAUUGGCCACCAGGUUUGCACACAUCUCAGGAGGGAUUUUGUCCCACUCCUCUUUGCAGAUAUUCUCCAAGUCAUUAAGGUUUCGAGGCUGACGUUUGGCAACUCGAACCUUCAGCUCCCUCCACAGAUUUUCUAUAGGAUUAAGGUCUGGAGACUGGGUAGGCCACUCCAGGACCUUAAUGUGCUUCUUCUUGAGGCACUCCUUUGUUGCCUUGGCCGUGUGUUUUGGGUCAUUGUCAUGCUGGAAUACCCAUCCACAACCCAUUUUCAAUGCCCUGGCUGAGGGAAGGAGGUUCUUACCCAAGAUUUGACGGUACAUGGCCCCGUCCAUCGUCCCUUUGAUGCGGUGAAGUUGUCCUGUCCCCUUAGCAGAAAAACACCCCCAAAGCAUUAUGUUUCCACCUCCAUGUUUGUUGGUGGGGAUGGUGUUCUUGGGGUCAUAGGCAGCAUUCCUCCUCCUCCAAACACGGCGAGUUGAGUUGAUGCCAAAGAGCUCCAUUUUGGUCUCAUCUGCCCACAACACUUUCACCCAGUUCUCCUCUGAAUCAUUCAGAUGUUCAUUGGCAAACUUCAGACGGGCAUGGAGAUGUGCUUUCUUGAGCAGGGGGACCUUGCAGGUGCUGCAGGAUUUCAGUCCUUCAUGGCGUAGUGUGUUACCAAUUGUUUUCUUGGUGACUAUGGUCCCAGCUGCCUUGAGAUCAUUGACAAGAUCCUCCCGUGUAGUUCUGGGCUGAUUCCUCACCGUUUUCAUGAUCAUUGCAACUCCACGAGGUGAGAUCUUGCAUAGAGCCCCAGGCCGAGGGAGAUUGAGAGGUGUUUUGUGUUUCUUUCAUGGUCUUGUAGCCCAUUCCAGCCUUGUGUAGGUCUACAAUCUUGUCCCUGACAUCCUUGGAGAGCUCUUUGGUCUUGGCCAUGGUGGAGAGUUUGAAAUCUGAUUGAUUGAUUGCUUCUGUGGACAGGUGUCUUUUAUACAGGUAACAAACUGAGAUUAGGAGCACUCCCUUUAAGAGUGUGCUCCUAAUCUCAGCUCGUUACCUGUAUAAAAGACACCUGGGAGCCAGAAAUCCUUCUGAUUGAGAUGGGGUCAAAUACUUAUUUCCCUCAUUAAAAUGCAAAUCAAUUUAUAACAUUUUUGACAUGCGUUUUUAUUGAUUUUUGUUGUUGUUAUUCUAUCUCUCACUGUUCAAAUAAACCUCCCAUUAAAAUUAUAGACUGAUCAUUUCUUUGUCAGUGGGCAAACGUACAAAAUCAGCAGGGGAUCAAAUACUUUUUUCCCUCACUGUGUAUACCGUAUAUAUAUAUAUAUAUAUAUAUAUAUAUAUAUAUAUAUAUACAUAUAUAUACACAGUACCAGUCAAAGGUUUGGACACACCUACUCAAUCAAGGGUUUUUCUUUAUUUUUACUAUUUUCUACAUUGUAGAAUAAUAGGGAAGACAUCAAAACUAUGAAAUAACACAUAUGGAAUCAUGUAGUAACCAAAAACAGUGUUAAACUAAUCAAAAUAUAUUUUAGAUUUUUCGAAGUAGCCACCCUUUGCCUUGUUGACAGCUUUGCACACUCCUGGCAUUCUCUCAACCAGCUUCAUGAGGAAUGCACAUAUGCUGAGCACUUGUUGGCUGCUUUUCCUUCACUCUGCGGUCCAACUCAUCCCAAACCAUCUCAACUGGGUUGAGGUCGGGUGAUUGUGGAGGCCAGGUGAUCUGAUGCAGCACUCAAUCACUCUCCUUCUUGGUCAAAUAGCCCUUAUACAGCCUGGAGGUGUGUUGGGUCAUUGUCCUGUUGAAAAACAAAUGAUAGUCCCACUAAGCGCAAACCAGAUGGGAUGGUGUAUCGCUGCAGAAUGCUGUGGUAGCCAUGCUGGUUAAGUGUGCCUUGAAUUCUAAAUAAAUCACUGACAGUGUCACCAGCAAAGCACCAUCACACCUCCUCCUCCAUGCUUCACGGUGGGAACCACACAUGCAGAGAUCAUCCGUUCACCUAAUCUGCGUCUCACAAGGACACGGCGAUUGGAACCAAAAAUCUCAAAUUUGGACUCAUCAGACCAAAGGACAGAUUUCCACAGGUCUAAUGUCCAUUGAUCGUGUUUCUUGCCCCAAGCAAGUCUCUUCUUCUUAUUGGUGUCCUUUAGUAGUGGUUUAUUUGCAGCAAUCCGACCAUGAAGGCCUGAUUCACGCAGUCUCCUCUGAACAGUUGAUGUUGAGAUGUGUCUGUUAUUUGAACUCUGUGAAGCAUUUAUUUGGGCUGCAAUCUGAGGUGCAGUUACCUCUAAUUAACUUACCCUCUGCAGCAGAGGUAACUCUGGGUCUUCCUUUCCUGUGGCGGUCCUCAUGAGAGCCAGUUUCAUCAUAGUGCUUGGUAUUUUUUGCGACUGCACUUUAAGAAACGUUCAAAGUUCUUGAAAUGUUCUGGAUUUACUGACCUUCAUGUCUUAAAGUAAUGAUGCACUGUCGUUUCUCUUUGCUUAUUUGAGCUGUUCUUGCAAUAAUAUGGACAUGGUCUUUUAUCAAUUAGGGCCAUCUUCUGUAUACCUUGUCACAACACAACUGAUUGGCUCAAACGCAUUACGAAGGAAAGAAAUUCCACAAAUUAACUUUUAACAAGGCACACCUGUUAAUUGAAAUGCAUUCCAGGUGACUACUUCAUGAAGCUGGUUGAGAGAAUGCCAAGCGUGUGCAAAGCUGUCAUCAAGGCAAAGGGUGGUUACUUUGAAGAAUCUCAAAUAUAACAUAUAUUUUAAUUGAACACUUUUUUGGUUACUACAUGAUUCCAUAUGUGUUAUUUCAUAGUUUUGAUGUCUUCACUAUUAUUCUACAAUGUAGAACAUAGUAAAAAUAAAGAAAAACCCUUAAAUGAGUAGGUGUGUCCAAACUUUUGACUGGUACUGUAUAUAUAUAUAUAUAUAUAAAAUAAUACAAUAUGCCAAAAUGUAUCCAUCUAAAUGUACUGGACCUGAAUGCCAAAACAUGCAAGAGAUAAAAGUGCUCAAAGUUGACACCUUUUGCAUACCCCACCAUACCAUGAGACAUCCAUGUCUUCAUCACUGGAAACGAUAAACGGUUGAGGUUGAUAUCAUUUUAAAGUUUACAAAAAGGGUUGUCAAACUGCUAUAUAAUUACUUGAUUUAUUUAUUGUUUUGACAUUUUUUAACCUUUAACGUCAAUUAUCUAAAAACGCGUAAACUCUGACUGACUCUUUUCAUAUUUGCAUACGUUGUAGCUUAGACCAUAUUUUACCCUAAGCUACAACAUAUGCAAAUAUGAAAAGAGUCAGUCAGAGUUUACGUGUUUUUAGAUAAUAGACGUAAAAGGUUCCAAAAAUAUAUAUAUUUUUUGUGUGGAAAUUAUAAAAUAGUUUGACACCCUGUUUGUAAGCUUUUAAAUGAUAUCAAACUCAACCGUUUAUCUUUUCCAGUGAUCCACCCUACAGGGUGGAUGUCUCACCCUGUAGGGUGGGGUAUGCAAAACUUUGAACACCUUUUAUCUCCUAAACGUUUUGACAUUGAGGUCCAAAAAGUCAAUUUCUGACCACUUCUUCCAUGGGCAAACAUGUAUGGAAAGUUUUGUUUAAAUCAAAAGGGAUGCUGUCUAAAAGUGAUUGAACUCAAAUCGAUUUACCCAGAAGUGAGUGAGUGUGUGUGUGUGACUGAACGUGUGUACUUUCUGCUUUGGUCUGUGAAAGAGAGGAGUGUCUUUGAGUUCUCCUCUGAGCACACACCCACACCUGCUCUUGCCUAACAAGGGGGUGAGUGUGUGUGUGUGAAGGGGGACAGUGUUUCUAAAGCUGUGUAUCUCAGACAAUCCAGUUCCUGUGUGUGUGCUGCUGCAUUAGCUAGCUCAGCUGGCUUUGGCUUGCCUUCACACAACUCUCUCUCCCUCUUUCAUCCUCUCUUUCUCCCUCCUCUCACUCUAUACCCCUUUCUCUUUAUCCCUCUUCUCUUCCCCCUCCAUCAGGUGACGUGUCUGGCAUGUGACCACCGCUCCAACACGGUGGAACCCUUCUGGGACCUAUCGCUGGAGUUCCCCGAGCGUUACCACAGCAACAGCCGGGAGAGCGCAGCGCAGGUGUCGUGCCAGCUGACGGAGAUGCUGGCCAAGUUCACGGAGACCGAAGCCCUGGAGGGCAACAUCUACGCCUGCGACCAGUGCAACAGUGAGUGACAGAGGCAAACAUACACAAAUGUUCACAGUGAGCACACACAAACACACAUUCAUUCAAUGGUAUGAUUGUUAGAGGUACAAUCAUUUUUAACAAAGCAGUUAGUUCUCUCUCUGCAUGUCAAACUACCAUCCAGUACAAUAGUUAGACUGAGUAUUCACAUUCACACAGCCCUGUCCGGAGUAUGUGAGCAGAGUGGAGCAUGCCCAAUUUGACUGGAGCGUGGAGCGAGUUUCCCAAAGGCUGGAGCGUUGGCCUUCUCGCCCGCUCCAAUUUCGCUCCAGUAGCGCUCACUUCACGAGCUCAGGGCAUGCCCAGCAUGCAUUUGUAGUUUACUUGUGUGCUGCUUUAGUUACUGUUAUCUAGUAUGCUAAGUAUUUUCAUAAACGUCUUGGGACUCGUCUGAAGUCGGUACAGCCGAUCUGCUAACUUCUGUCUGUAGCAUCCGAACAGUUUGGGCUACACACUAAUAUGACCCCUCUGUGCAAAGGUGAGACACUCACGAACACGUCGGUUGUUUUGCUCUUGGAUGCACACAGGCCUCACAAGACUCGACUGAAGAUCCCCCGGUACCAGUUGAAAAAAUGAAUGGAAGUAUACACUUCAGAACAAACUUCCUUUAGAUUUUCUAUGAGGGGGGGGGGGAACUAUCUGUUGUUCCAUAUAGUGAAUCUGUUAUUCAAUGCGUUUGUAUGGGCUAAUAGCAGUAUGGCCAAAUAAAAUGUUUCAUCAAAUAAUAAAUAAAUACAAAUGUUUUGAUACUUCAAGGGGUCUUAAAAUUCCAAAUCAAAUAGCAAACCUUCUUAAAACAAUUCCAUAUAGCUUAGUAGAACCACACACCCAGCUUAGAUAGGGUUUAGACUGUUUAGUGCCACAAAUAAGGGUAAAUACAUGUACAAAAAUAAAUAAAAUAACAAAUGUUUCCUGAUCUUUCUUAUAUUGCUCAGAUAAAGGACAGACACUUCAGAACAAACUUCCUUUUGAUAGUAAAAAAUAUAUACAGUGGGGAAAAAACGUAUUUAGUCAGCCACCAAUUGUGCAAGUUCUCCCACUUAAAAAGAUGAGAGAGGCCUGUAAUUUUCAUCAUAGGUACACGUCAACUAUGACAGACAAAAUGAGAAUUUUUUUCCCAGAAAAUCACAUUGUAGGAUUUAUAAUGAAUUUAUUUGCAAAUUAUGGUGGAAAAUAAGUAUUUGGUCAAUAACAAAAGUUUCUCAAUACUUUGUUAUAUACCCUUUGUUGGCAAUGACACAGGUCAAAUGUUUUCUGUAAGUCUUCACAAGGUUUUCACACACUGUUGCUGGUAUUUUGGCCCAUUCCUCCAUGCAGAUCUCCUCUAGAGCAGUGAUGUUUUGGGGCUGUCGCUGGGCAACACAGACUUUCAACUCCCUCCAAAGAUUUUCUAUGGGGUUGAGAUCUGGAGACUGGCUAGGCCACUCCAGGACCUUGAAAUGCUUCUUACGAAGCCACUCCUUCGUUGCCCGGGCGGUGUGUUUGGGAUCAUUGUCAUGCUGAAAGACCCAGCCACGUUUCAUCUUCAAUGCCCUUGCUGAUGGAAGGAGGUUUUCACUCAAAAUCUCACGAUACAUGGCCCCAUUCAUUCUUUCCUUUACACGGAUCAGUCGUCCUGGUCCCUUUGCAGAAAAACAGCCCCAAAGCAUGAUGUUUCCUCCCCCAUGCUUCACAGUAGGUAUGGUGUUCUUUGGAUGCAACUCAGCAUUCUUUGUCCUCCAAACACGACGAGUUGAGUUUUUACCAAAAAGUUAUAUUUUGGUUUCAUCUGACAUUCUCCCAAUCCUCUUCUGGAUCAUCCAAAUGCACUCUAGCAAACUUCAGACGGGCCUGGACAUGUACUGGCUUAAGCAGGGGGACACGUCUUGCACUGCAGGAUUUGAGUCCCUGGUGGCGUAGUGUGUUACUGAUGGUAGGCUUUGUUACUUUGGUCCCAGCUCUCUGUAGGUCAUUCACUAGGUCCCCCUGUGUGGUUCUGGGAUUUUUGCUCACCGUUCUUGUGAUCAUUUUGACCCCACGGGGUGAGAUCUUGCGUGGAGGUCCAGAUCGAGGGAGAUUAUCAGUGGUCGUGUAUGUCUUCCAUUUCCUAAUAAUUGCUCCCACAGUUGAUUUCUUCAAACCAAGCUGCUUACCUAUUGCAGAUUCAGUCUUCCCAGCCUGGUGCAGGUCUACAAUUUUGUUUCUGGUGUCCUUUGACAGCUCUUUGGUCUUGGCCAUAGUGGAGUUUGGAGUGUGACUGUUUGAGGUUAUGGACAGGUGUCUUUUAUACUGAUAACAAGUUCAAACAGGUGCCAUUAAUACAGGUAACGAGUGGAGGACAGAGGAGCCUCUUAAAGAAGAAGUUACAGGUCUGUGAGAGCCAGAAAUCUUGCUUGUUUGUAGGUGACCAAAUACUUAUUUUCCACCAUAAUUUGCAAAUAAAUUCAUUAAAAAUCCUACAAUGUGAUUUUCUGGAUUUUUUUUUUCUCAUUUUGUCUGUCAUAGUUGACGUGUACCUAUGAUGAAAAUUACAGGCCUCUCUCAUCUUUUUAAGUGGGAGAACUUGCACAAUUGGUGGCUGACUAAAUACUUUUUUUCCCCCAUUGUAUCUGUUCCAUGUAGUGAAUAUGUUAUUCAAUGCGUUUGUAUGGGCUAAUAGCAGUAAGGCCAAAAAUAAUUUUUCAUCAAAUAAUUUUGUAAUAUGUAAUAGCUAUAUGAUCCUUGGUAUGACCUUCUUUUUUAAAACAAUUCCAUAUAGCUUAGUAGAACCCCCGCCCCGGCUUAGAAAGGGUUUAGACUUUUAGGGCAAUUACAGUUUUCGUUCUAUUAUCUAUACAAUAGGCCAUCAUUGAUUUUGGCCCAAUAGGCCUGGCAUUUUACCUCUUUCAAUGAGCUUUCUGUUUUGAUAGGGUUAUUUUACCUAAAAUCCUUUAGGCCUACCUACAGAAAAAUAAAAUAACAACUACGCAUCCCUGCCCAGCCUGAGAAGAGUGGCCCGAAGGGUGUUUAGCAUCCCCAGUGGCUUUGCAAGCGCUGAGAAGAUUCUGGAUAAGAGCGUCUGCUAAAUGACUAAAAUGUAAAUGUAAAAUGACACACACAACCUUGAUACAUUUUCAUGGAAUUUACCUACAUCUAAUACCCUUUCUCUCUUCUCCUUCCUCCUUGUGGUCCUCUGUAGCUCAGCUGGUAGAGCACGGCGCUUGUAACGCCGGGACCACCCAUACACAAAAAAACAAUGUAUGCACGCAUGACUGUAAGUCGCUUUGGAUAAAAGUGUCUGCUAAAUGGCAUAUUAUAUUAAGAUAGUAUCUGCUUCUGGCCUGCUCUCCAAGCACCAUCGCAUGAGCCUGAAGCCACAGACUCUGGCCAAACACAUGUUUCUAAAAAUGUAUUCAAAGGCACUGUAGAUGGAGCCUAAUAAGCCAUUUUUCGUUUAAUUUGUAAUUAAUUCUAAGUAAGUCACAGCCUGUAUGUGCAAUUUAUGGACUAUAAUGAUUUAAUACAAAAAAAUGUUGUUUAAAUGCUGAGUGCUUAAUGACCCUGCCAGCCUAGUGAUUCGCACUCGCAAAUGCUUCACAAUUACUUUUUUUGUGGACUAUAGCCUUGAAAUAAUUGAAAUAAUAUAGCAUUUUCGUUCCUUCUUAGGCUCCCUGUCUGGCUGCUGACCUAUUUAGUGUUUAUAUGCUGUUUAAUAUGACUGUGGCCUAUUUGACAUGAUGAGCGCUUUAUACAGUCACCUUAUCCUGUUUAUUAAAAUACUUCAUUCAAAUCAUAUGGUUUGGUUUCAAUACUUCAAAACCAAAUGGUAGGUCCAGGUAGUCACAAAAAUAGAUUGGUAUUGGUUAAAUUGUGAUUUUAAUGAAUGAAGCGAAUUUGGAGCCUGCAGUAGUCCUUUUUGAGGAGAGUUUUUUUAGCAAGCGGUUGAAGACUGAGCGCUGGGGGGUUGCGCACUGCCCAUGACGUGAUUCACACGCUCAACUCGCUCACGUACUUGGCCCUGUCUGAGGGGUUCCCCUACUGUGCAAGUUGAUAUUAUCAAAUAAAAUCAAAUCAAAAGUAUGGCCACUGCGCCGAAACCAAUGCAGCAUACAGUGAAUGCUUAUUACAGCCCUAACCAACAGUGCAUUGUUUUAAACAAAAGUAAAAUAAAACAACAACAAAAAAAGUGUUGAAAAAGAGCAGAGUAAAAUUAAAUAAAGGAGGCUAUAUAUACAGGGGGUACGGUGCAGAGUCAAUGUGCGGGGGCACGGCUAGUUGGGUAGUUGAAGUGAUAUGUCAUGUGGUAGAGUAAGUGACUAUGCUUAAAUAAGUACAGAGUAGCAGCAGCGUAAAAGAUGGGGUGGGGGGCAGUGCAAUAGUCUGGGUUAGCCAUAUUGCUGUUCAGGAGUCUUAUGGCUUUGGUUGUUAGAAGCUGUGAGAAGUCUUUUGGACCAGACUGGCACUCCGGUACCGUUGCCGUGCGGUAGCAGAGAGAACGUCUAUGACUAGGGUGCUGAGUUUUGAGAAUUUUGAGGGCUUCCUCGACACCGCCUGUAUGAGUCUGUGCCUGGCCCCAUGUACUGGCCGUACGCACUACCCUUGUAUGCCUUGCGUCGGAGGCCACAGUUCCAUACCAGCGGUGAUGCAACCGUCAGGUGCUCUCGCGCUGUAUAAUUUUUGAGAUCUACCAUGUCUUUUCAUCUCCUGGGGGAAUGGCUUUGUCGUGCCCUCUUCCGACUGUCUUGGACAUGAUAGUUCGUUGGUGAUGUGGACACCAGACUUGAGCUCUCACCUGUUCCACUACAGCCCGUCGAGAGAAUGGGGCGUGCCCAGUCCUUUUUUUUCCGUACCACAAUCUCUCCUUUGUUUGGUCCGUUGAGGAGAGGUUACCUGGCACCACACGGCAGGUCUCUGGGGGAGGGGUCUUGCAGCGUAUGGCCUCUGUGGGUUAACGCUCACUCUUGUCUCUAGGUAAGCGGCGGAGGUUCUCCUCCAAACCCGUCAUCUUGACUGAAGCUCAGAAACAGCUGAUGGUUCACAAACUGCCUCAGGUCCUGCGCCUGCACCUCAAACGCUUCAGGUACUGACCGCAUUAUGACCACAUAACAACCACACAAUGACCAUAACACACCCAAGCACCUCAAACACUGCAGGUAACCACUGAGCACAUAGCAAUUGCUCAAGAACCAUAACACAACCAUGCAUUUGAAACACUCUAGCUGUCUUAUUUGGUGAUUGGUCUGUUGAUGUGUCCUUUGAGUGUUCUGUGGUUGUGAUUGGUCGUCAGGUGGUCUGGUAGGAACCACAGGGAGAAGAUCGGGGUCCACGUCAGCUUUGACCAGCUCCUCAACAUGGAGCCAUACUGCUGCAGAGACCCCUCCCCCAAGAGCUCGCCAUGCUCCAGUCCCGCCUCCGCCGGCUCCCCGCGCCCAAAACACUUCCUGUACGAGCUGUCCGCUGUGGUGAUGCAUCAUGGGAAGGGCUUCGGCUCCGGCCACUACACUGCCUACUGCUACAACAAAGAAGGAAGUAAGAACAUCUCUCACUCACACGCAAAAUACAUUUUUCUGUAAAAAAAAACAAAUACAAAGAUAACACACACAACCUUGAUACAUUUUCAUGGAAUUUACCUACAUCAAAUACCCUUUCUCCUCCUUCCUCCUCAUCCUCCCUCUCAGGGUUCUGGGUCCACUGUAAUGACUCUAAGCUGAACGUUUGUUCUGUGGAGGAGGUGUGUCGCGCCCAGGCCUAUAUACUCUUCUACACGCAGCGCUUCACUCAGGACAAAGACAGGCCGCUAUAGGACCAGGACCCACUGAGCCCCGCCCCAAACAUCUCAACCCUGCCCUCUCUCUCUAGCUCUUUAUUUGUGGGCAUUUUAUCCCCUCUGGGGGGAGAAGUUAUCAUUUGAUGAUUCUUUUUCUAAAAGAACAGAGAAAGGACACACUCUUUUUAUUUUUUUUGCUUUGUGAAUUUCUUGUACAUGGUGUUUAUAUGGGUUUUAAAAGAAAAGGAAAAUGU